AACAAAGUCAACCGUCCUCAUUUCCAAAUUCAUUUGCCUCGCUCCAUUCAUUUCCCUUCUCUCUUAUUUUUAUAUACUGACUCAUUCUUCACCAUGACACAGCUUCAGUUCUUGACUCCUGAGCAGAAACAAAAGUUUGAUGAAGAUGGAUACCUUGUUAUUCCUAACUUUUUCACAAAGGAAACUGCUGAUGACCUUCGUGCCAGAGCAACAGAGAUGCUCGAGACCUUUUCACUUGAAGGUCACCCCAUGACCACCUUCUCGACUGGCACAGGGGAGGAAAAGAAGCAUAUUGGCGAUGACUAUUUCUUGAAUUCGGGCGACAAGAUUCGGUACUUCUUUGAAGAGGAAGCUUUUGACAGACAAGGAAACCUAGUCGUGCCCAAAGCACGUGCCAUCAACAAGAUUGGACAUGCCCUCCAUGAGUUGGAACCCAAAUUUCGCGCUUUGUCUUUGUCCAAGCAGAUGAAGGCACUUGCGCAAGACUUGGAAUUUAAGGAUCCGCGUGUUCUGCAGUCAAUGUUGAUUUUCAAGCAACCAAAGAUUGGUGGCGAAGUCCCCCCUCAUCAAGACUCGACCUUCCUCUACACCGAGCCGCUAUCUGCUCGUGGUUUCUGGUUCGCGUUGGAAGAUUGCACAGCCCAGAAUGGCGCUCUCUCAUUUGCGCCUGGCUCUCAUAAGAAGUAUCCUGUCAACCGCCGAUUUGUCCGCGAUCCUAGUUCGACAGGAGUGACUUUCAGAGGUGAAAAGGAGCAUGAGAUUCCUGAUGAAGAAUUCGAGCUGGCAGAAUGCAAAGCGGGAUCGCUGGUGUUGAUCCAUGGGUCUGUCCUUCAUAAAUCUCCUGCUAACCGUAGCGACAAGAGUCGUUACAUUUACACAUUCCAUGUGAUCGAAGGCAAUGCAGAAUACGAUGGAGACAAUUGGUUACAACCCUCCAAGGAGAUGCCGUUCACUCCUCUGUUUACAACAGAACCAUAAGAACAAAAACUCCGAAUGUGGGGCGGAAAUUGAGGCGGACGAAAAUAAUAUAUAUAAAUGAAAAGAAUUAGGGAUAUUCAAGGAGGAAAGAAUAUGAAAGAGUAACAAGAAAAAGUGCUUUUUUUUUUUUCUUCUUUU